AUGCGCCGUGCGUCUUUGUCUUUUGCUACUCCUCCGCUCACGUCGACUGCGAUGCCAAAAGGACGUGAGGACGAUGAGUUGGCGCUACUAGCAGCAUCAAGAGCUGUGUAUAAAAAACGAGGCGCAGAUGCGCAAUUAAAAGGAAAGUCGAAGCAGGCGUUUACGGAUGGAAGCGAUAUGGUCACUUUCGAUCAGGACGAAUCGAGCAUCCCGGACGAGCAGCACCAUGAUACCCAGAAAAAGACUGUUAAAUAUACCCGUUCAGAGAGCGCCAAGCAGCGGGGAAAGCGGCGCAGUAUUGAGAUGCCUGACGUUACUCGUGCGCUCGCCGACAUGGAAAAGGGAAAUGCAACGAGCGCAAGAAAACCAACCAAGCGCGAAAUUGCCGAGCAUCGUGCAAAGACCGCAGGUGCGGGGUGGUACGAUAUGCCUGCAUUUCCUGGCGCAAAGUUUUCUUCGCGUAAGGACAGUCGCACACAAUCGGGCAAAUCGUCCUUUACAGGCGGCGAUGCACGGACUGCUACAGAAAAGGAAAUGCGGCGACAAGUUACUGCGAUUCGCUUGCGCAAUGCACUGGAUCCAACUCGCUUCUAUCGUGGUAGCGGAGGAACAGGUGCUGAGCGGGGCUUGCCAACGCACGCACAGCUUGGUCGGGUAAUAGGCGGCGGCUUGGAGCCCUCCACUGUGCUUUCUAGGAAAGAACGCUCGGAUAAUGUGGUUGGCGAGCUGGUGCGCGACGCGAAAGCAGUAAGUUAUUCGAAACGCAAGUUUGGCGAGGGCUUCGAGCCCAAAUGCAACACCACACCCGUCACUACAUAUGACGAGCAGCCCGAAAAUCAACAGGAUUCUACAUUUGGUGUGGAUUCCCAUGAGUUAACGGAACACCACUUACAGGCUGCGCUUUCUUCUCACCAGCUGGAAGCAACGCAAACUUCGGAGAAGAGGCCGUAUCAUAUCCCUACUCCAAAAUCAUUGGAGGUUUUGACAUCAAAACAGUAUAAUGAUCUGUACCCUCCGAAUGCGUACUCUGAUCCGAUCACCUAUGUGCGCACCUCGCAUACGACAGAAGACACCGUGAAAGGAGCGCCUUAUUUUUUGGACGAAGAUGAUCAGGGGUGGUUGGAUAAGCACAAUGAUAAAGUGCGGAAACAGCUGGAAUCCGCGUUAAAGAACCCGAAAAAUAUGCCUGCAAAUGCAAAAGACCAUGAACUUGCGCGGACGCAGGCCAUUGCCACGCUAGUUUCGCAAGACCCGGAAAAAUAUUUAUCGAUUACAGAGGACGAGUUUGAGACGAUUAUGUUUGUGUUUGAACGCGCGACCACAGAUAGGCAUCCUUUGCUCGAGUUGGACUUUUCCAAAGUGCCGACUGUGGAUGAUUUGCUUCCCGAGCUGGACGACAAUUCUUCGGCUGCAUCACUUGCACGGCCAGUUUUGCCGCCGUACACGCGUGAUCUUACCGCGUCUACGAUUGACACGAUUGGAAAGACUGUGCAGGGUAAAAUGAAACUCAGCGAGCAGGCCAAGAAACCAGACGCGGAGGAAAGGUGGGAUGCGGAUGAUCCAUUCAAGCAUUUGUCCUUCCUUAAGCCUGCAGGUCGUAUUGUUUACCCCUGGUGGCGGCUCCGUCGUCAGGCGAGAGACGGCAAACCGAUUGUUUCGGGACUCAACUUCGAUGAGAGUAAUGAAAACAACCCUUACGUGUGCUUCCGCCGUCGUGAAAUGAAGGUGGCGCGCAAAACGCGCAAGACGGACACGCUUCAGCUCGAGAAGCUGGUACGGCUCCAUACUGAGCUGAAGCAAGCCGCUACCUUGACCAUGAUGGUUGCGCAGCGUGAAGUGCUAAAAGAAUCUCAGGUGAGGUCGGCAAGGGCAUGCUGGCAGCAAGCCUACCAGCUCAUGAACCUCAAGCAUCAAUGGGGCAUCUCUAGCGGCGAGAGGGGCCUGGAAGACGAGGAAUUGAUGUUCUCCAUCCAGCCUGACCCCAUUGCGCCAGUGCCCACGGCCGCUACAGCAUCGCACAAUGCACAGCUGUUGAAAAAGAAGAGAAAGGCAGAAGAGGCAUUGUCCACCACACUAAAAUUGCGUCGUCCCAAGACGGGCGAGCCAGAAAGUGCCCAUGCUUCGAAAAGUUUGGGUCAGGGUGCACCGGUUGGCGAUAUUGGCUCUGCCAUCUUGGAGCACAUCCAUGCUGUUCAGUCGUAUAUUGAACGCGAGUCUCUUCACCGGCAACAGGCUUCUGCCGGCUUUGAGGAUCUGACAGAUUCUGCAUUUCAGCCUCCAGCUGCUCCUCCAUCCCAGCGUGCUUUCCGCCCUAUUCAAUCCGACAGCCAAGACACGCAUUACUGGUCGAACCACCCCUUUGCGCGUCUUGGGCGUCAAUCUUGUUUUCGACGUCGCGUCGGCCGCGGUGGUCGUGUCUUUCUAGAUAGGCGACCACUUGCUGUGAGUGCCGUCCCUGCGAGUAUCAAUGCUUGGCCGAAACCAACACAGAAUGGCAUGCCGUUGGCGUCGUUUGGCUUCGAUGAUAAGCCUGUGCCGCUCAUUCCUAGUCAAGCCAACCACAACUACGCAGAGGCGCUUCGUAUGAACAAACCGUUUAUGUUCUCCUCGCGAAAGAGACCAGUACAGCUUCCUACACCAGAUAUAAUGUGGGAUCCUUUGCAGUCGAAGGAAUCCCGCGAACCGUUAAAUACGGAGAUGGCUGGCAAAUUUGGGAAUGGGCCUCUGGAACAUCGCGAUGGUCCCCUUACUUCAAACCCUUACUCGGACGGUGCAAGUACGUCGUCAGACGCGACAGAAAAUACGAAGAGUUCAGAGGAUUCGGGCGAUGGUCAAAGCACGCAAGCAACGGACGUUGAGCAAGAUGCGAUGCAAGUGGACAAGUACGAAGACAGCCGCCAGUCUGUUGAGGAGCAGAUGGACAGAGCCCAAAAACUGUCCGAGCGGUGGCGUUACGACGAAGACGGGGGUCGCUGGGCGGGCCUCGGUCUGCUUGGCCUUGGCGGAAUGGAAGGUGAUGAAGAGGCUGUGUUGGACGACUUUGACCAGCGCUUUAUUCGCUACCGCAUGUCGCUCUUGGACGAGACAAAUUUGCUAAAGCUCUCUACGGAUUGGACCUACAUGCGCCAAGCAUUGGCUGCUGCGGAAUUGCAUCUCCCUCCAGGUUUGACAGCGUCGAGCAAUAUUACGCCUAAAACGCCCGUCCAGGUCGCUCAACAAAAGCCGAGUGCGGAUGCUAUCGUCAAGGCGUCGGGCGAGGAAGAGGCUGAGACACAGAAUGUGGCUAUCAGCAAGUAA